AAACGCGAGAAGUCACGCGGGUCACAUGUGUGAAUACGCGACGGACGCGUUUCUACCAAGUAUCGCAACCUCUUUUCUUGGAACUCUGGCUGAGCUGGCUUCUAUCGUUCCGAUCUCGGUAUAUACAUCUCUACGACAUAUUUCAGCCUCUCGUCCAGCCGAGCUUAAUGCCUACAAAUAACGUUCAAGCUCUCCUUUCCACAAACAUCCCAGACCCCACCGAUUUCCCCAUGCCAGACUUGCGACAAUUGGAUGCGAGCCUGCGGUGCACAAUUUGCGGCGAAUUGUACGAUGCACCAGUAACACUCGCCUGCGGGCACUGCUUUUGCUCACUUUGUAUUCGGGAACAUAUUGUCAAAGAAUCAGAGUGCCCAAGCUGCAGGAAGUCGACGAGUGAGGGACAAUUCAGGCUAAAUCCAAUUCUUGAGGAAGCAGUGAGUGCAUGGAAAACUGCUCGUCCAACUAUACUCCGGCUCUCACGUGAACAACAAAAUCGCGCCCUAAGGAGUCAAGGAGAACAAACACCUCGCCGGUCAAAAACCCCAUUGACGAACUGUAACAAACGUAAGCGACGCAUCAGCUCAGAUUCCUCCGACUCGGAUGUUGUUGUGGUUCCGGGUCCUUCAAGCGAGCUCCGAUCUUCUCCCCUGCCAAGCAGGCCUAGGCGUCCAAGAAGGAGAGACAUGGAACCUUCGUCGGAUCCACAAGAGGAGGAAAUGGAGCAAGGGAGUCAGAUGGUAAACUGUCCUAUCUGCAACGUGUCUAUUGUUAUGGGGGAUAUCAACACGCAUUUAGACUCCGGAUGCAAGAAGGCAUCUAAUGCAUCCGGUGCUACGAAAUCAGGCGCCCAAGAUCAAUGGUCACAAUUAUGGGCCAAGAAGGGAAAGAAUAGGGAUAACGAGAAUGAUGUGGACGAUGUAACGGAGCGCAUACCAAAGGCGUCGUAUGACGUAUUGAAGGACAAACAAGUCAAAGAUUUGUUGCACACCUACAACCUACCAAUUCACGGUGACAGGAAAACGUGGAUUGCUCGACAUCAACGUUGGGUUAUGAUUUUCAAUGCUAAUUUGGAUAAGUCCGGAUCUAACAGGAAGAGCACUCGAGAACUGCGCAAUGAAUUGAAAAAAUGGGAAGAUGAUAGAAAGGGGCGAAAACAUCUUGUCGACGAUACGGAAGCUCACAUAUUAACGCACAACGGAGAGUUUACACGGCUAAUUGCCGAUGCACGGAAUCACAAAGCUAGGAAAGAUUCUGGUUCGACAAUUAUGCGGCAACAUCCUCGGGACGAUGACGGGAUCGUUGCAGAUUCUCAAGCAGAGGAUCAGCCGCUUUCGUGAGCUAACCAUCUCUAUCCAUAAUUCUGGCUUGGAUGCUACACAGACAUGUAUAUGUACGUGUGAAGCCACUACUAUAUUUUUUACACUGGCCCUGUCCACGUGGUCCACUCAGUUUCGUUGGUGUCGAGACAGGUGGUGGAGUUACUAGCCACAACCGGAUACGACCUCCGGGCAUCACUGUCAUGAGUGGUUUCCGAACACGUGUCAAGAAAACUGAAGUUUCUCCUUUGUGGAGCUCCCGCUAAUUGCCAGUGGACCUUUGUCCCACUGCUAAUCAGUCCACAGUAGUCCA